CGCAUCCUGUCCACCUCCACGCUCCUUCACUCCCCACGCCCAUCAGUCCUUUUUUCCAUCAAGGCCUCGUGCCUUGCACCUUUCGCACCUCCUGCAUUCCUCGAGCAUACCCAAGACUACUCUCCCUGGCCAUUAUUUCGGCGCCUCGCCUUCUUCCUCCCUUUUAUCAUUUGGUGUGUAUGCGCUGUCCGCGCCUCCCAUGCUGCCUUGAUACAUCUUUCCUCAGAACUGGCUUUCUCACUCACCGGCUGCGCUGACGACGGCUCACGUCCGCCUGCCCUUUUGAGGGUCGUCUGCCACUUCCCUUGCUUGUCACUUGGGUUCGGGAGACCUCCCCAGCAGGCACAUUGGGACCAUGGUUGAUGUGCGGAAUGGCGGAGGCGAGACUGGCUCCCCUCGAGCAGCCAGUCCCUCCCACUCUGGCCCGGUGCGCGUCGAGGGCACCACGCAGACCGUCAGUGCAAAACCCGGGAAGUCUCGAGAAGAUAAAACACCUUCGAAAGCAACCAGCAAAACAUCUUCCAGGAGAAACUCACCCCAGGCUGCCGGAUCCAACCUUCGCCCACCUCCCCAACCCCAACCGUCGGCCAGCACCUCCUCUGGGAUGGAGCAGCCGCCGCAGUCCCAGGCUAUGACGGCGACCGAGACUGCGUCGUCUCAGGCCUCGGAGAAGGAGAGCACCAAGGAGCCUACGCCUGCGCCUUAUGGGACGCGGUCGCGCAACCGCCUAGGCGCUUCACGCAUCAACUACGCCGAGGAUGUGGAGAUGGAUUUUGAAAUGGCCCAGCCGCCAGCAAGCGCAACGACCUCAGGCCCUCCAUCUCGCGCGUCUCUGGCCACCGAAGGUGGACAGCCUUCAGCUGCAGGUGGGAAGAAAGGUGCCAGUGCGGCCCAGGGUCAUGCAUCGUGGGGCACCCACGCCGCCACCCCCAAGGAACAACCACCAAACGCCAAUAUUCCAGGUACCUCAACCUUCACUGCUGUCCCUCAUUCCCACUCGGCACCUCCACCCAAGCGGCGAAAAAAUGCAGCAAGUCACGCUACGAACGGCAGUCACGCGAGUGCCACGGCGCCAAGCCAGGGUGCUGGUGGUGGUGGUGCAGGGAAACGCGCCUAUCCUGCCAGCAACGCCAUGUCGGUCGCCAACGCCUCAAGGGAGUCCACCAUGAUGACCUUCGAGAAGACGAAGGGUCUUCUUGUCAACGGCAGACUGGAAGCAGACGACGGCCAGACCGUUUCUGUCAAUGAUCAAGUCUAUCUCGUCUGUGAACCUCCAGGGGAGCCGUACUACCUAUGCAGGAUCAUGGAAUUCAUCCAUGCUAAUGGCGACCCCAAGUCACGUGUCGAGUCGCUGAGGGUGAACUGGUACUACCGACCCCGGGACGUGCAACGCUACAACAACGACUCUCGUCUUGUCUAUGCCACGAUGCACUCUGAUGUUUGCCCCAUCACGUCCCUUCGAGGCCGAUGCCGAAUCUUGCACCGCAGCGAGAUCGAGGACCUCGACCAGUAUCGCAAGCAAAGGGACAGCUUCUGGUUCAACCAAUGUUUUGAUCGCUUCAUCCACCGCUGGUACGAGGUUAUUCCCACAUCUCAGGUCAUCAACGUCCCGGAGAAGGUGAAGAAGGCUCUGGACGAGAGAUGGAAGUACAUCUGUCUGGAGACGAGCCGCGUCAAGGAACUCACGAGUGCGGUCAAGACCUGCAAACGCUGCGUAGGAUUCUGCGCGUCCUCGGACUCGGUGCAAUGCGCCGUGUGCAAAAACACCUACCACAUGGGUUGCGUUCGGCCACCGCUGCAAAAGAAGCCUUCUCGAGGCUUUGCUUGGGCAUGCGGACCUUGCAGCCGAGCCCAGGAAAGGAAGCUGGAGGCCCGCCGCACUCCCCAAAUAGGUUCUAAUAAUGAAGACGGCGAUGAGGAGGAACAUGUCGAUGAAGAAGAGGAAGAACCGGCAGCCGAGACCACUGCACCAAGCCCCAACGAUUCAGAACCGGAAAUUGACCUGCAUCCAGCAACUCAGGCCGAAAUCGCUCUGGCGAAGAUGUGGCCAAUGCGCUAUCUCGGGAUCCAUUGCCGCGUUGAGGACGCGCUUCAGUACGAUGAUCGCGCUAUCUAUCCGCGUGCUAGUUCACGGCUAGGCCCUAGACAUCAGGCUAACGUGAAUGUCUGGCAUGGUCACCCGGUGGAGUUUGUGAAACCUGCCGAAAUCAAGAAACGUUAUGUCAAGACGAACAGCCAUAAAAAAGACGCAAAACUUCACAAAGACACACUCGCUGCGAUUGAAGCGGACAAGGCCGAGAAGGCGAAGAGGCCGAAAUGGGUGAUGGAUGAACCACCCGGUUACGUUCACCGGGGCGAGGACUACCCCAACAAAGACCCCAGAUGCACGGCCGAACUCCUGUUCAAGAUGCCUCCGCUCGGCGUGCAUUCGACACGCGGCGAGGACGAUGCGCCCACUGUGACCGAGGAGCAGGUGGAAGCUUAUAUGACCCGGGCCAAGGCCCUUGCAAAGGAUGUGGGAGUGCAGCCAUGGUCGACGAACUUUCUCGACAAAUGCUUGGCGCUGUUCACAAAGUGCCAGUAUGACGCUGACGCAGCGUUGAAACAAGUGAAGAAGCUCGACAAACGAAAGGAUCUUCACGAACCGGAGUUGACCAAAGAGGAGGAGAAGAAGUGGAACGAGGGCGUGGCCAAGUACGGCUCAGAAAUCAGAAGUGUCAGGCUACACGUCAAGACCAUUAGUCACGCAGACGCGGUGCGAUACUAUUACAUGUGGAAGAAGACUACCAAGGGGAAGGAGAUUUGGGGAUCGUAUAGCAACCGCAAAGGACGGAAUAAGAAGGCGGCCGAGACGGAGACUCGUCUGGUGGACGACGUGGCUGACGACCAAGACGAUUCCGCCUUCGACAACGAGAAAGCCACACAACGAAAACGCGGUUUCCAAUGCAAGUUCUGCAACACACGACACUCGCGACAAUGGAGGCGGGCCCCCGGCGUCACCCCUGGGCAGACGGUUGCUGCAGAUGGGAGAGCAAGCAAGAGCAACUCUACUAAUGGUUUUCUUCUGGCUCUUUGUACCCGAUGCGCAAACCUUUGGCGCAAGUAUGCUGUCAAGUGGGAAAACAUUGAGGAAAUCUCCAAGAAGGUGGCCCAAGGUGGAAGCAAAGCUUGGAAGCGAAGGAUUGACGAAGAAUUGCUCCGGGAGGUGUAUGCAGCCACUGCUGAAGCCGGUGCCAUCCACAAUGGCCCAGAUUAUGGAGAACCAGUGCACGUGACUCCUACACCUGCAGUGGAACCUCCCAAGAAGAGGCAAAAGACGGCGGCCGGAGCUGUUGACAGCGGAACCUCGACACCGGUCAGUGAACCUGCCCCCAAGAAGAAGGAGAAAGAGAAACCACCGCCACCGCCAAAGGCUCCUACACCGCCUCCAGUUCCUGCUCAACCACGACUAAAGGUCUUGCCAUGCGCGGUGUGCCGGCAAUUAGAAGGAGAGCGACUCCAGUGCGUGGCUUGCCGGAUGACGGUGCACAAGUCCUGUUAUGGCGUGGAAGAGGUUCGGCACGGGAAGUUCUAUUGUGAUACUUGCAAGAAUGACAAGAAGGAGAGCGCGUCAUAUCGCUAUGACUGCGUGCUUUGUCCUCACAAGGUCACAGAACAGGAACUCUGGGAGCCACCAAAAGUUUCGCACAAGAAGAAGACUGAUCGAGAAAGGGAAAAGGAACGGAUGGAGAAAGAACUGGUUGACAAGGCUCGGGAGGACUACCGCCGGUCGCAACUCGAGAAAGGCCGGCCUAUAUACCCGCGCGAACCGCUCAAACGGACGGCUGAUAACAACUGGGUGCAUGUUCAGUGCGCUCUGUGGAUACCGGAGACCAAGUUCACGAAUCCCAAUCGGCUAGAGCUCGUCGAAGGUGUUGGAGCGCCCACCCUACGAUAUGAUGCAGUCUGCAAGAUCUGUAAGACGAACAACGGCGCGUGCGUUUCGUGUCUACAGUGUCAUGCCAAUUUUCAUGUCGGAUGUGCGCAUAGUGCAGGGUACCUAUUCGGCUUCGAUAUCACGCCCGUGAAAGCGACCCGGCGGGAUGCGGUCCCGACAGUCACUAUCAAUGGCGAGACUGGCUCAAUGACGGCCGCAAUCUGGUGCAAGGAACAUUCUCCCAAGACGAUCGUGCAUCGGGUCAACGAAGAGGUGGAAGGCACGGGAUUGGUUGCAUUACAGCUGUUUGCACGGGAGUUCAAGCGAGCAGAUCUGACGCUUACCGGCACAGCUCGCAAAGCAAAUCUCGUAGACCUGUCCACUCGGGCUGUACCCCAAGCAACCGCUGGCCACCCGGCAAACCGGCGGACAUCCACUGCCACAAGCCAAACGACUGCAAAGGGCAGGCCAUCUGUUGUUGGACUCGCUGCGAGGCCGGAAGAGCUUGCUGAGGGCGCUGCUGUCAAGCCACCUCGGGCCUGCGUCCGAUGCAAUAUCGACGUGAGUCCAAGGUGGUGGAAGAUGGACGAUAAACCGAAGAGGCCCGCCAUGGGUGUCAACGAACCCGCGGUUUCCACAAACGGCGUCCAUGUGAAUGGCGACAGCAAUGUCGAGCACCCGCUGCAUCCUCAAGCUUUGGGUGAAAAGAAGGAGAGGGACUCCUCGCCCUCGGACGCCUUCCUUUGCCAGAAAUGCCACUGGAAGAAGCUCAACGUGCCGGAAGAAACGCCUGAGCGAGAGAAGUCGCAAUCUGUCCUUCCAGAACCACAGAAGCUUCCCGUGCGAUCACCUCCAGUCCAAUCUCACUCACUCCCACCGCCACCGGCUCUGGCAGCGCCUUGGAUUGGAGGCGGACUGCCGCCCCCGCCUGUUCACCAUCCCCGCGGUCCGCCACCGCCCGUAGGUAUAUGGCAUACCAACGGCCAUCCGCCUCCCAGUGGCCCUCUACACAGUGGCAUGGGCCAUGCAGCGCUCACAGGCCCGCCUGUUGCACAUCAUCCUCCGCAGUUCCAUACGCCAUUCCUCCCCCAGCCGAACGGCUAUUCACUUCACUCUGGUGGCCCUGUGCACCCUCCCGUCCAAGCUCCGAUGCGGCCGCACUUCCCACACCAAACUCUGCCCCCUCCAUCACACGCUGGCGGUGCACCGGCGCCGCCUCACCACCUGAGCAAUGGGCUCCUAGCCAAUGGUGUGCACUCGCCGCAUCUUCCCUAUCCGCCGGUCCAUCCUCAUGGACAUGGAGCGCCUCGAUCGUCAGAGAGCCCAUUCACCGGAGCACCACCUCCGAUUGGACCGUAUUCUGUUCAUCACGGUAGUCCUGGAGCUGCGCCACUCCGCAGAAGGCCGUCUACUCCAAGGGACGUGGUGAUGAGGGACGCGCCAAGUGUCACUGCGCCGCCUCCCGAACCCCCGCGGGCCACGACGGGUGCCAGUGCCAGUCCGUCUCUGCGGAAUCUCCUGCAUUAGAUUUUGGUUCUUUUGUACUUUUUAUUCUUUGUAUUCUGUUACUUUAUGGUUGAUGGGGGAAGCGAGGGACGUCGACGCUUUGCAUGGCAUAUGGAGAAAUCAGUUGGUUGUUCAGCGAGCAACUGGUCAAAAGUAGCGAGGGCAUCUUGGGUCUGGAUAUGGGGAGGAGUUUUUUACAGGCACGAUACCACCUUUUUCACUGGCUUUCCUAGUUCUGUAUGCAAGGUGGGGAUGACGGACGCCUGUCCCGCCAAGCUGUCGAGGUAUUUGUUGCCUGUCAUUCAGUGGACAUUAGCUAGAAGCAACGCAUAAUUGCCAAAGUUAGCUGAACAGACG